GGGGGCUUUUUAAAACAGCGCCACUGGGGUCUUCUCCAUGCGGCUCGGGCUAUGACAGCCUCCGUGCUCCUCCACCCCCGCUGGAUCGAGCCCACCGUCAUGUUUCUCUACGACAACGGCGGUGGCUUGGUGGCCGACGAACUCAACAAGAACAUGGAAGGGGCGGCGGCGGCGGCGGCGGCGGCAGCGGCGGCGGCGGCGGCCGGGGCCGGGGGCGGGGGCUUCCCCCACCCGGCGGCUGCGGCCGCGGGGGGCAACUUCUCGGUGGCAGCGGCGGCCGCAGCGGCCGCGGCGGCCGCAGCUAACCAGUGCCGCAACCUGAUGGCGCAUCCGGCGCCCCUGGCGCCGGGCGCCGCGGCCGCCUACAACAGCGCGCCCGGGGAGGCGCCCCCGUCGGCCGCAGCCGCCGCCGCUGCCGCCGCCGCCGCCGCCGCCGCCGCCGCGGCUGCGUCGUCCUCGGGAGGGCCCGGCCCCGCGGGCCCAGCGGGCGCCGAGGCCGCCAAGCAGUGCAGUCCCUGCUCGGCGGCGGCGCAGAGCUCGUCGGGGCCCGCGGCGCUGCCCUACGGCUAUUUCGGCAGCGGCUACUACCCGUGCGCCCGCAUGGGCCCGCACCCCAACGCCAUCAAGUCGUGCGCGCAGCCCGCCUCGGCCGCCGCUGCUGCGGCCGCCUUCGCUGACAAGUACAUGGAUACCGCCGGCCCCGCGGCCGAUGAGUUCAGCUCCCGCGCUAAGGAGUUCGCCUUCUACCACCAAGGCUACGCGCCCGGGCCUUACCACCACCAUCAGCCCGUGCCUGGCUACCUGGAUAUGCCGGUGGUGCCCGGCCUGGGGGGCCCCGGCGAGUCGCGCCACGAGCCCCUGGGUCUUCCCAUGGAAAGCUACCAGCCCUGGGCGCUGCCCAACGGCUGGAACGGCCAAAUGUACUGCCCUAAAGAGCAGGCGCAGCCUCCCCAUCUCUGGAAGUCCACUCUGCCCGACGUGGUCUCUCAUCCCUCAGAUGCCAGCUCCUACAGGCGGGGGAGAAAGAAGCGCGUCCCCUACACCAAGGUGCAAUUAAAAGAACUGGAACGGGAAUAUGCUACAAACAAAUUCAUUACCAAGGACAAACGGAGGCGGAUAUCAGCCACAACAAAUCUCUCUGAGCGGCAGGUUACAAUCUGGUUCCAGAACCGGAGGGUCAAAGAGAAAAAAGUCAUCAACAAACUGAAGACCACUAGUUAAUGGAUUAAAAGUGGAGCAAGAGGGCAACUUGAAGAAAUACUUCAGAACUGGUGGCUUUGCCCAGAGAAUGAACGUAAUUCUUAAUAAUAAUAAUUGAAGAAUGGGAAAGAGAAAGAGAAAGACACUGGCAUUUUGCUUUCCUAAGGGGGAUCUCUUUCUCCUUGGUGGAAUCUACAACUCUUUUAAAACUUUGCUCUAAGAAAAGGUAAAGACUUCCAGUUCUCCCGCCAACCCCACCAGACCGUUAAAUGACAAACUCUAGAGUCAAAUGUCAACCCCCAAAUAUGCAAUUUCAGAUAAGUUACGCAUUUACUGAAACUUGUAAGUAUUUAUGUGACCAUAAUAUUUCAAGAUACUGUGUUAUAUGGUAAUAAUCCAAAAGCUGGUUACAAAAGCAAGAGGCUGUUGUAAACAUCUGUUUGUCCUUGGGUCGCCAUUGCCAUCCCCUUUGCAUGUUAAGUGACUGCUCAGGUAAAUCUUAGUGAAAUUCCUACCAUCAUUAUAUAUUCUGCAAAACAUCUUAUGUAUAGAUUUAGAAGGGGAGAGAGAAGAAGGUACUGCAAUAAUGAUCUUGGGCUAUUUACAAUGAAAAAAAGGAGAGAAGGCUUUUCUGAGGAUCAUUUGUCUUGAUAGUAAAUACAACCAGCUGAGCCUUUGAGGCUACAAGGAAACCCCAGGUUGGGAAUGCCCUUCUGACAAUAAUUUUAAAUUGCUUAGAACAGCCAUAUUUUGUGGCAUUUAGAUUAUAUUUUUUGCUUGAUAGAAUUUGCUUUCCAAAGAAUUUAAUAACUUUAAAAAAAUAUUUAAAGCCUCAAAUGUUUCAUAGAAUUCACUUUAUUAGAUCUCCUGAGAGGUCCACCCUGACAUGGUGAACCUUGGUUUCAAGAGAAUUCAUGUUUCAUUUAAAUUGGUAUUUUCAAAUAUUUACUAAACGUUUUGCUGGAGAGUAAUUUUGCUUUUUUUAUUUUUUAGAAAACUCAGAACGGAUAUUCAUUCCCCUGAAACAUUUAGAUGUUUACAUUCUAUAUUUUGAACUAUUAAGGGAUUAGUAUUUUUUCCUUGUUUAUUGUGUUAUAAGACUACAUUAGGAAGUUUAGGGAUUCAUCUUUACAGCACAUUUUUAAUCAAGCAGUUAUUUCAACCAGCACAUUCAUUUUGUUCACAUUCACUAUAAAAUGCUAUCUUGUAAAUAAAGACAUUCAGCACACUGUGAAAA